AUGAGCUCUUCUGCUUCAGCUGCGGAGCAGCAGGAAGCACGGCUGCGGCAUGACGCGACCCUGGUCAUCGACAAGGCGGUCUCUCUCACCCUGGGCGGCGACUCACUUCUGAUCGUUGACGAUCGCCCCCAUCGCAAAUCAGCCCGUGGCUGCUGCGGUUUAUGCAAGUCUAAAGCGCAGACCAAGACCACGCAUGCGAUUUCUUUGUAUAAUAUCCUUGACGCCGAGGUCAGGCCGUCGAGUCUGGUGAUCACCUAUGCCCAGCCGUCCACGAAGGACGACGUGUCCGUGGCCACCCUCCAUUAUCCCAUCAGCGAGAAAGAGAAGCCUACUGUCGAGGCGUGGAUGAGCAACCUACUGGAUCUAGCCUACGGUACGGCCCAGCGCAGGAAGCGACUGAAGAUCUUGAUCAACCCCUUUGGUGGCAAAGGAAACGCCGCGAACCUAUACCAGAAGUACGCCGCGCCAGUCUUUGCUGCUGGGCGGUGUCAAGUGGACGUACAGAGCACGGAAUACCGCGGGCAUGCCAUACAAAUCGCGGAACAGCUCGACAUCGACGCGUACGACGCGAUUAUCUGUUGCUCUGGUGACGGUCUCCCAUACGAAGUCUUCAAUGGGCUGGGAAAGCGAUCCAAUGGCCGAGAGGCAUUGGCCAAAGUGGCCGUAGCCCUGCUCCCUUGCGGUUCUGGAAAUGGUAUGACCUGGAACUGCCUGGGUACAGGUAGCAACUCAAUCGCAGCGCUUGCCAUUGUCAAGGGCCUGAGGACCCCUCUGGAUCUGGUCUCAGUCACGCAACAAAACACUCGCACCUUGUCCUUCCUUUCCCAGUCCUUUGGUAUCGUUGCCGAAUCAGAUCUAGGUACCGACAAUAUCCGGUGGAUGGGCGCCCAGAGAUUUACUUAUGGGUUCUUGGUUCGUCUGUUGCAGCGCACAAUCUGGCCUUGUGACCUGGCCAUCAAGGUCGAGAUGGAUGAUAAAAAGGUUAUCAAGGAGCACUACGCCGCGUUCAAAGCUAGAGAGGAGGAUUUGCUUGUCGAUCAGAACCGCCUUGAGGCUGCCAAGCAGUCUCCGGCAUUACCAGAGCUUCAGUAUGGCACUGUUCAGGAUGACCUCCCUCAGGACUGGGAGGUCGUCCCAGGCGAAACCAUGGGCAACUUCUAUGCCGGCAACAUGGCCAUCAUGUCGAAGGACACCAAUUUCUUUCCCGCCUCCCUUCCCAACGACGGCCUCAUGGACAUCGUUACGAUUGACGGGACUGUUAGUCGCAUCACGUCAGUCAAAAUGAUGACCGAGAUUGAAUCCGGCGGGUUCUUCGACAUGGACGACGUAAAGAUGCGCAAGGCCAGUGCAUAUCGCCUUGUACCCCACCAAAAGGAAGGUUAUAUCAGCGUCGAUGGCGAACAGGUCCCCUUUGAAGCAUUCCAGUGCGAGAUCCACCAAGGCUUGGGCACAGUGCUCUCCAAAUCGGGGCGUGUAUAUGAAGCCGACGGGCCGAGGUGA